GUGUAAAGUGCUCAUAUUUAGCCGUAAGUGGAUGGCUUUAUACUGAACGAAAAGAACACUUUGACAUGCCCUGAUACCAGAAAUUCAAAUAGGAUUAAGAUUUUCUCAGCUCUACAAAUUUAUUUAUCCUUGACCUGUGCAGUUUACAUUUAAAAUGCAUGAGAUGUCGUAUGAUGGAAAGAAUCAAGGACUAUCGGGGAUUCCGCGAAGGUGUCUAAUGGACGACUCAGACAUUCUUGACAUCGAAGUACAUCCACAAGAAAUGGAGGAUCUAAUGGGACAGGAGUGGCCGAGUGAGGGUCAACAGUGUCCUGUAGAGAGUUGCAAAUCAAGACCGCAUAUCUUUCGGCAGAUUGGAUCUUAUCGCCAACAUUAUCUUCGAUUCCACAAGAAGAAAGUUCCACAUUAUUAUUGCCCUGCAAUCCAUUUUGGAUUCUUCUCUAUGAAAUUAAAUUCUUUACGGAAACAUAUUAGCAAGAAACAUAGAGGCCUUCAGGGUUGUAUCUACAGAAAGUAUUCCUGCAAUGAAAAAUUUUGUGCUCCAGGAUCUGUUGUAAUGCCAGUGCCACCUGUAAACCGCAAAGCACGAGACCAGGCAGUUGAGGAAAGGAGAUCUCGCGUCACUGAUGAAUUAUUUCAGCUUCCUGAGAACUAUAAUGCCAGAGACUCAAAACCAUGUUUUUUUUAAAUAUCAAGCUUUAAGUUGUUUGUUAAUCUGUAAAACAAAAAUUUAUUGUAAAUUUUGGUUUUUUUUAAGGGGGGAGGAAUGUAGUGGUUUUGAUUUUGAUUUUACAGCCUUGGUUUCGUAAUCUCUAUUUAGCUAGUUUUGCUGGUAUUUCAGUAUGAUAAUUCUAUUUACUUUGAAUUUUCAGUUGUUACUUACAUAAAACCCCUUUAUUGUUGGUUGUUUUUAAGUUAGGUCAUGUGUUGACAUUCCACAUGUUUUACUUUUAAAACAGGAAGUGUCAUCCAUGUUGGCAGUCUUUCCAUAGUGCUUUUGAUAGCUGUGUUCUGAUUGGCUAAGUUAGUCUCAGGAUCUUUGAUAUUUAUUGGCUUCUAUUUUUGGGCCUAGCUAGGGUAUUUAAAGCCGUGUUCGUGUAGUUUUCUUCAUUUGGGUUGGGGAACACGACCUCAUGGUUAGUUCCUCUUUACUGUGCAGGAAAACCUCAUGGUUUAUCAGCACUAUUUCAUUAGUACCUUUGUGCUAGGAAAAUCUUAUGAUUUAACAGCACUCUAGGUCUUAGCUUUAGUUGCACGUUUUUCACAAGUUCUAGGAUUUUGAUAGUGUUAGGAAUAAGCUUAGGAUGUAGGUUUUAUAAAGUUUAAGUUUCCCCUUACCAAGUCCAGCCUGGUCUAAGGACAUGUAGAUAACAGGUGUAAAUUCUAGAAUUUAUUAUUAUUUUGCCCUUUAUAUUUUUGGUGUUGUUUAUUUUCUGGGUCAGUUAUUUUUAGAGUCCAGACUUUACCUUAUUGUUGAUAGUUCAACUCUAGAGUGUUAAUAGUAGAGUUCAUAUUGGGUGAUGUAGCUCAUCUCUCUUAUAUUUUCCACCUCACUGGUUUAUUUAUAGAGUAGGAUUUUUGAGCAUUUGUCUAAGUAAGGAGGCCCAGUAGGGACAUACAUUUUUUUUAGUCUUCUACAUUCCUGCUAUUUUUUUUAUUAGUUAAUUUUUCAUGAACUUCUAUUUAUUGAGAUUAUUGUUGUUCAUUUGCUAAAUUAAAUCAUAUUUUUGAUAUAACUUUAUUUGUUUCUGUGAAAUUUCCAUAGACUUUACUACUUGUUAUAUUUUGAUCAUUACUUAUUAUUUGUUAACAUUUACAAAGGUUAAUUCUCACUUUAUUAAACUUAUAAAACUUUAAA